ACACCUACGUGAAGUAUAUUAUACGUACAUCUCUGAUAGUGCAGGCUCAAUGUUCUACACGUGCAAAGUAAAGAAUGAAACGUAAAAUGGAGAACAGCGAAACCAAGAUUCCGAGAUUGGAGGAAGGCGCAUCUUCCAUGAAAGUAAACGGUGAUUGUGAAAAAUCAACAGAUGAAAAGAAGAGUUUGCCUCCAGAUCAAAUGACAAGUGCCGACUAUUAUUUUGAUUCAUACGCUCAUUUUGGAAUUCACGAGGAGAUGCUCAAAGAUGAAGUGCGGACAUUGACAUAUAGAAAUGCAAUGUAUCACAAUAAGCACUUGUUUCGUGGCAAAAUUGUUCUUGAUGUUGGUUGUGGAACAGGAAUUUUGUCUAUGUUUGCUGUUAAAGCUGGAGCAAAACAUGUUUAUGGGGUGGAUUUCUCAUCGAUUAUUGAGCAUGCUCAAACCAUUAUCGAGACGAAUCACAUGGAAAAAUCAAUCACUCUCGUCCGUGGUAAAAUUGAAGAAGUCGCGUUACCUGUUGAGAAAGUGGACAUAAUCAUAAGUGAAUGGAUGGGAUAUUGUUUGUUUUACGAAUCAAUGCUGAACAGUGUGCUUUUUGCUCGAGAUAAAUGGUUGGAUAAGAAGGGGAUAAUGUUUCCCGACAAAGCUUGCCUAUAUAUUUGUGGUAUUGAGGACAGGCAAUACAAAGAAGAGAAGAUUUAUUGGUGGGAUAAUGUGUAUGGCUUUGAUAUGAGCUGCAUUCGUGAGGUGGCCAUUACUGAGCCUCUUGUUGACGUUGUCGAAGCAAAACAGAUUGUAACAAACUCGUGUCUUCUCAGAGAGAUUAAUAUUGAAACAGUACAAAAAGAAGAUCUCGAGUUCGAUGUUUCUUAUCAGUUGUUCUCUCAACGUGAUGAUUACAUCCAGGCUCUUGUAUCGUAUUUUACCAUAGAGUUUACACAUUGUCAUAAAAGAACAGGGUUUUCAACAGGUCCUGAAGCAAGAUAUACCCAUUGGAAACAGACGGUGUUUUACCUCAAUGAUUAUUUGACCGUUAAACACGGUGAAAAAAUCGAAGGAACUUUUGCAUUGAAACAAAACUCUAGAAAUAAUCGGGAUCUUGAUUUCAAAAUAUCAAUUGCGUUUGAUGGCGAGUUGAGCUCAGUAAAAGAAGAAACGCAAUACAAAAUGAGAUAAUGACAUAAGACUUGACAUCAGGCAAUGAAGAAAAGAUCUUUUUGAAGAAAGAACGGCUCAUCUGUCCAGUCCUUGCCAUCUUUAUAAACUUGCAACUUUUAUGUUAUAUAUAACUGAUAUAACCAAACUUUUUGUUACAUAUUAAUGGAAUAAUCGUUUUCUUUACGUUUCUUACGCCCAUUUUUCACCAUGCAUGACAAAGACUCCUGUAGAGAAUAGGCUCGUGACCAGUUUGGUGUGGUAAUUUGACUCAUUAAUCAUUUGAAUUUUUGCGUUUUUAAUGCUUUAACCUUUCCGCAUAAAUAUAUGGUGCAAAAAACAUGUUCUUUUAAGAGGCGUUUUACGAGGUAAUCCAUAUUCAUUUGUUGGAAAUUUCGACCACAAACUUUCUUAGCGUAAUGUCGUUUUAUUUCUUUACUUAAUGUAAAUAUUUAUAUUAGACAAACGUUGUGCGAGAUUAUUAAAAACGGCUUAACUA